CCCUAAAUAUUUUCAAUUCCUCCUCUUCCUGCCAGCUCCCAAGAGAGACGAGGGAGGAGAGGGACAAUCUCAAGGCCGGCUGCUGCCCGGGGGACCCCCGGCUACAUCUUCCAAGACUCCCGCGGGCCUCCGGAGGAGGCCCGUGAGGCCGGCCCGCCCGGGGCCGUGGUCGCUGCCGCCCGCCCGCCCGCCCGUCGCACCAUGUCGUCCGAACCCACGGCUCCGUCGGCGGUCCCGCCGCUCCACUCCCCCAAAUCCCCCGUGUGGCCCACUUUCCCCUUCCCGCGAGAGGGGAGCCGCGUCUGGGAGCGGGGCAGCCUCCUGCUGAGAGACCUGCCCAGUCCUCUGCCCACCAAGAGAACCAGGACCUACUCCGCGACGGCCCGGGCCUCGGCGGGGCCCGUCUUCAAAGGCGUCUGCAAGCAGUUCUCCCGCUCCCAAGGCCACGGCUUCAUCACCCCCGAGAACGGCACCGAGGAUAUAUUCGUCCAUGUUUCUGACAUCGAGGGGGAGUACGUGCCCGUGGAGGGAGACGAGGUGACGUACAAGGUGUGCCCCAUCCCGCCCAAGAACCAGAAGUUCCAGGCCGUAGAGGUGGUGCUCACCCACCUCGCCCCCCACACCAAGCACGAGACUUGGUCGGGACAGAUCAUCGGCUCCUAGGCCCACCGGGAGCCGGGGACGGGGAGGGAAGGCAGGCCAGGGGGUGGGCCGCCCGUGCGGGAUGCGGGGAGGGCGACGGCGGGAAGGGCCGCGGUCCCACGUGCCGCCCCGGGCUUCCCCUCGUCCUCCCGUCCCCCCGGCGCCGUCUCCGUUUCUUCCCGUCGCGACUGUCGUCCGGGCGGUGAGGGGGGACGUGGCGAGGCCUCCCCGGGCGGCUGCACCUUCCGGCUCUCCCGGCGUCACCCGCGCUGCUGUGGCCUCUGAUCCCCCCACCGCCGGCCGCUGCCCUGGGGAAUGGCUGCGCUCUGUCCCGGAGGAAGAGGCAGCUUCCACUCUUAGGGGCGAGGGGACCUUUUUCCCGAUUCCCAGAAGUGGGUCGGUAUCUCUCCGGAAGCCCUCCCGGAGGCCAGGACCUAUUUCCCCCCUCCUCCUCUGGCCUCUGCCCCACCCAGCCGGCUCCCGGGGAGGGCCGACUGCUCCCCGCGACCCCCGACCCACCUCCAGCUUCCCAAGAAGUCGUGGUCAGAGGCCGCCCGCCCCGCUCUUUUUGGUGCCUCUUCCUCUCCCUUUCCAGGUUUUCCCGAGUUCCCCUACUCUAGUAGCCGUGACCCUUCUUUCCCAUCUCCCAGCCCACGCCCACCCCACCAUGGUUAAAGGGGAGGGGGCUGGGGACCAGAGUCCGGGCCUUCCGUGCUGCAGAAGCUAGGCCUGCCCUGCUCAGCUUGGGCGUCCAUCAUUAAAGCGCGGGAACAUCCCCCUAAGCCCCCACUCCCACUCCGGGUAUCAUCCGAACCUCCCACGUCCUUCCUGAUCUGCUUCUUUUCCAGAGGAAAUUUAACACAACCCUCCCACUCUUAGAGUAUUUAUUUAUAACCAGUGUGGUGGUUUUCUUUAUUCGGGGGAGACCCCCCGCCCCCUUCCUGGGCCCGUGAGCUCUUGAUUGUACUCCUGGGCUCCCAUCAACCCUCCUCCCGCGGCCUUGUGGUGACGCCUGUCCUCCCUCUCCACCGCCCUCCCGCUCCUCGUUCCUCGAUGGUACCAUCGCUUCGGUUGCCGUGGUGACAGGCCUCGGUCGGGGAUGUGGCAGGGUUUGUGUUGUUGUCCCCGAAGCGAAAAGCUGGGACCGGCCCCUUCCCCUCGUCGUUCCCCUCCUCCCGGUCGUCGGGGCAACCCCCAGCCUCCCCCCGUCUGGCGGGCAUCGCACCGCUGGGCCAGGGGGAGGGAGGAGAGCCGGGGGCCGCCUCUUCGCCCGCUCGUCUUCCUGCUUCAGACCAAGCUGGGGGGCCGGGGUCCUCGAGGUGGGCAGAGGAGGAGGAGACGGCAGCCGUGGCGGCUGGGCCUCUUGUAGAUGGAACAGGGUGUGAACCGUAUUUGCUUAGCACCUCCAACUUGUGUGUUUGUGUGUGUGUGUGUGGACAGUGUCAUUUCCAUUCUCAGUCCUUGCUGGGUGGCAUCUUGUGGGCACUGUUGUCUAGAGAGGAGGGACUGGGGGCUGCGGCCCUCUUCCUGGCAUCAUCUCCCUAACCAAACUCCCAGAGAGUGGGAGGCCGGGGCCCGGCUCAGGAGCUCACAGCCUUCCCCCCCUCCCCUCGACCUUAGCUAGGAGCAGCUCCCCUCCAGCCCCCUGACCCCGACUGGAACCCAAAGCCUCUGUGAUGCCAGCCCCGAACCUGCCCGGGGCCAAGCCCUGGGUGGGCCUAGGGGAGUUGGGGCUUAGGUGCCUCUAGUCAGCCUGGGGGGUGGCUGACCUGAGAAUGGGGAGCCACGGGGCCAGGAUCCUUUUAGACUGUGAGCCCAAUGUUGGGUAGGGACUGUCUCUAUAUGUUGCCAAUUUGUCCUUCCCAAGCG